GUGUAUGUAGUUUCCGUAACUGCAAAGUGGUGUUUCUUUGAAGACUGAACACACUGUUGGAAUUUGAAUCUGAGAAAGUGUGUGUAUUUUGUUUACAAAAUUCGAAGCUUGCUUGAUGAGAAGGUAUUUAUGUGUACUGUUGCGAAUGACAGUAUUUGCGAUGGUAGAAAUAUGGAAGAAUAUCUUUGUAGCAUACUACAUAACAUGACUCUGGAACCAGGAUUUAUGUUUUUGUGUGGGGCUAUCAAUCACCCUUGAAAGUAUAUUUCGUACAAGAUAUUUACAUUUGCCGCAUCAGCUGUCAGUGAGUGGUUCGUACUAUGUACAUAAUGAAAGCUUCGCCUUGUAAUUAAAUGGAUGAGAACAAUUACUUUGUUUAUCUUGAUAUAACAGUCGGAGACGAAAAAGUGGGACGAGUAGUUCUAGAGCUCUUCAAGAAUACUGCUCCAAAGACUGCUGAAAAUUUUAGGGCGUUAUGUACGGGAGAGAGAGGGAUUGGCAGCACAGGCAAACCCUUGUGCUACAAGAAUACAGUUUUCCACAAGGCCAUUAGCUUAUUCAUGAUACAGGGAGGUGACACCACAAAUUUUGAUGGCACUGGAGGAGAAAGCAUAUAUGGCUGCGACUUUGAGGAUGAAACAUUUGAAAGGAAGCAUUUGGGGCCAGGUGUAUUGAGCAUGGCAAAUGCUGGUCCCAACACCAAUGGGUCACAGUUUUUUAUCACUGUUGUAGCUUGCCCACACCUUGAUGGGAAAAAUGUUGCUUUUGGUGAGGUCAGAGCGGGAAUGGGUGUUGUUAAGUGUGUUGCUGAACAGCCCACUGAUGAGAAUGACCGCCCACUAAAGGAUUGUGUGGUAUCUGGCUGUGGAGAGCUUUGUUAUGGUGAAGACUGGGGGAUUAAUGAGAAUGAUGGCACAGAAGACAUUUAUCCACCAUAUCCUGAAGACUGGCAGUUUCCUACCAAAGAGAUGAAUUACAUUGAAGAUGCAAUAAUGAAGAUAAAGAACUCUGGAAACCAUUACUUCAGGAAAGGAAAUAUGACGAAUGCAGAAUCUAAAUAUCAAAAAGCUCUCCGGUAUAUAGAAUGGCUGCGCUCUCAACCAGAAUGUAUCAAUGCUGCAGCAACCACAGAACUAGCAUGCCUGCAAAAUCUGGCUGCAACAAAGUUACGUCAGAAUGUUUACCGUGAGGCUCUAAUGUACUGCAACCGUGCUCUGGCACUGGAUGCACAGAGUGUGAAAGCACUGUACAGGCGUGGUCAGGCUUGGCACAGGCUCGGGGAUUACCAGGCUGCCCAACGUGACCUCGGUAUAGCAUUGACAUUGCGGCCAGAUGAUACUCUUAUUAAGUGUGAACUCAAAUCUGUCCAGCAGGAUGCUGUCCAUUACUAUAAAUCUGAGAAACGCCUCUUCAAGAUGAUGUUUCAGUGAGUGCUUGAGCUGCAAACCUGCAAAGUGACUAUUUCAGGGGUGACAGGUACAAAAAGUAAAGUGCAAUGUUAUACAUUUACUGGUAGACCAUACCAGCAGAAGAAAGUGGUAUAUGUUUUUAAUUAAAACUCAGGUGAUUGUUACCAAAUACAGAUGUGCUAAUUCUGAAAUGGGUUUAUCUUCAAUCUGCAAGACAAUAGUGUUAUUAAUAGGUAUCCCAUGACUACAACAGUGUUAAUUAUAACUUCACAAACUAAAAGCUUUGGAUAUUUUUACAGAAAGGAUUUUUAUAUACAUGAAAAUAAAAUUACCAAAUGUUAA